GUGGUUUUUACUUAUAAACCCCGCUUCCUUCACAACACCCGCCUCCCUCCCUUUCUCUCUCUUCUCUCCUUGUCACUCAUACCGAACAAGCCUACGUUCUUCUGAGUAUCAUCACAUACCCCCCAAAACCAACACAUCUACACUCACCACAUCCAACCUUCAAAAUGGGAAAGGAGAAGUCUCACAUUAACGUCGUUGUCAUCGGACACGUCGACUCCGGAAAGUCCACCACUACCGGUCACUUGAUCUACAAGUGCGGUGGUAUCGACAAGCGUACCAUUGAGAAGUUCGAGAAGGAGGCCGCUGAGCUUGGAAAGGGUUCGUUCAAGUAUGCCUGGGUUUUGGACAAACUGAAGGCCGAGCGUGAGCGUGGUAUCACCAUUGAUAUCGCUCUCUGGAAGUUCGAGACCCCCAAGUACUACGUCACCGUCAUUGAUGCCCCCGGUCACCGCGACUUCAUCAAGAACAUGAUCACUGGUACUUCCCAGGCCGACUGCGCUAUUCUCAUCAUCGCUGCCGGUACUGGUGAGUUCGAGGCUGGUAUCUCCAAGGAUGGCCAGACCCGUGAGCACGCUCUGCUCGCCUACACCCUCGGUGUUAAGCAGCUCAUCGUCGCUAUCAACAAGAUGGAUACCACCAAGUGGUCUGAGGACCGUUUCAAGGAGAUCGUCAAGGAGGUUUCCAACUUCAUCAAGAAGGUCGGAUUCAACCCCAAGACCGUCGCUUUCGUCCCCAUCUCCGGGUUCAACGGUGACAACAUGAUCGAUUCUUCCUCCAACUGCCCCUGGUACAAGGGUUGGGAGAAGGAGACUAAGGAGGGUGGAAAGUCCUCUGGAAAGACCCUUCUCGAGGCCAUCGACUCCAUCGACCGCCCCGAGCGUCCUUCCGGCAAGCCCCUCCGUCUUCCUCUUCAGGAUGUCUACAAGAUUGGUGGUAUUGGCACAGUGCCCGUCGGACGUGUCGAGACCGGUACCAUCAAGCCCGGUAUGGUCGUCACCUUCGCGCCCGCUGGUGUGACCACCGAAGUCAAGUCCGUUGAGAUGCACCACGAGCAGCUCACCGAGGGUCUUCCCGGAGACAACGUUGGUUUCAACGUCAAGAACGUCUCCGUCAAGGAGAUCCGUCGUGGUAACGUUGCUGGUGACUCCAAGAACGACCCCCCCAAGGGUGCCGAGUCCUUCAACGCCCAGGUCAUCUUGAUGAACCACCCCGGUCAGGUCGGAAACGGUUACGCUCCCGUUCUUGACUGCCACACUGCCCACAUCGCCUGCAAGUUCGCCGAGUUGAUCGAGAAGAUCGACCGUCGUACCGGUAAGAGUGUUGAGCAGGCCCCCAAGUUCAUCAAGUCUGGUGAUGCCGCCAUCGUCAAGAUGCAGCCUUCCAAGCCCAUGUGUGUUGAGGCCUUCACUGAGUACCCUCCCCUUGGACGUUUCGCCGUCCGUGACAUGAGACAGACCGUCGCCGUCGGUGUCAUCAAGUCCGUUGUCAAGGUCGACAAGGUCGGAAAGGUCACCAAGGCUGCUGUCAAGGCUACCAAGAAAUAAGUAAUUUUCUUCUGGGUAUUUGGGGCGGGGUAUUUCUGGUGUUCUUGUGAUAAAAGUUGGCUGGCCAUGGGUUGGGGUUUUCUUUUGUUCUGAAUGAGAAAUGAUCGAAUCAUUUUUUCGGGGUUAAUUGGAAGUGUUCCACCUGAUCUACGUCCUCUGUGAAUCUGAAACCUUACACGUGAAUUGAAUCAUCGUGAAAGUUUAAAAGGGAGC